UGCACUCUCCAAACCAUUUAUAGGCAAUGGAGCUACUCUGCAAUAAGAGUGAAAAUUGUGGGCAUCCCAACACAAGGAUCAGAAAGUGGCUAUGAACUGUAUAUCUAGGAGGGAAGGAUGUCCUAGGGAGCCAGUAGGUCGAGAAGCUACCAAGUCCUGCUUUCUUGAAGGAUGUUAUUUUGAACAACUUUUCUGCCACUCCCCCACCCAUCCUUAGUGCCUCCAGCCAGGGUAGGAAGGGGAGGCUUUGUCUGUGAUCUGGAAAGAUAGUCUUGGCUAGCCCUUGAGGAGAAGGUGGAAGGGAGGAAGAACUCUACAAGAGCAGAAGUUUCACAAAGAAUUCCACUGUGAAAGCAUGAGGACUCCUCCACAGACCCGUGAGGGCUCAGGAGACACUGUGAAGAGAUGGCAUCGACGAAAAAUCCUGCUUCUUUGUGCUCUGGCGCUCAGCGCUGUCCUUGGACUUGUGCUACUCAUUGUCUUCACCACCAUUUCGUGUAGUCUAGAAACCUGCAAUACUACGACAUGCCUUCUGCUCCUGGCAAGAUUGUUGAAAGCCCAUAAUGACACUGUAGAUCCUUGCGAGGAUUUCUUCAGUUACACUUGUGGAAACUGGGAAGCAAAUCACACACGGGGGAUGAACAUGCCUUUGGUGAAUGUCUUUGAUAUACUCCUGGAAGAAAACCACCUGAUCAUGAAGAGGCUCUUAGAGGAAUCUCAGCUUGGAGUUAACAGCUCAGCAAAGGAGAAAGCCGUACGGUUUUACACCUCUUGCAUGAAUACCGAACAGAUUGAAGCGCAAGGUGCUCAGCCUUUGAGGGAGCUCGUAAACGAGCUUGGUGGCUGGAACAUCGCAGGGCCCUGGAAAGAAACAGAUUUUAACCAGACUCUUCAGAUACUCAUGGGAAGAUACAACACUUUCCCUUUCUUCAAAGCCUAUGUGGGACCCAGCUCCUCUGAUCCAAGCACCAGUAUUAUCCAGAUUGACCACCCAGAGUUUGAGCUGCCACUAGAAACUCAGCUUAACAAAGCAGUCAAUUAUCCCCAGAAGGCAGUUACUCCCUUAAAGAAGCGACAGGAAAAAAGGAUGUUAUUUUACCGCACCACCAUCGGGGAGCUGCAGGAAAAGGCUCCUGCUAUUGAUUGGCUGUCAUGCCUCCAGGCAGCAUUCUACCCUGUACAGCUGAACAUGUCCCAGGCAAUUGUCGUGCAUGACAUGGAUUACUUGAAAGGAAUGUCACAAUUGAUUGGACAAUGGCAGAAAAAGAGAGAUGUGCUGCAGGUCUACAUGAUACUCUGCUUGGUUAGAAAUCUCUCCCCGGCUCUGGAUGGGCAGUUCCAGAAAGCUCAUCAGGAAUUGACAGGCAUGCUGAACAGCAGGACAACCGAUUUGGAAACGGUAAGAACUGAGCGUUGGAGGAAAUGCCUGAGUGAGACCAGCACAUUUUUUGGCCCUGUACUUGGGAAGAUGGUUGUGAAGGAGAUUUUCCCUCAGAAGGCCAAGGAUCUCGCUGAGCAGAUAUUCUCUGCGAUCCGAGAUGCCAUCCACAGCCAUCUGGAUCGCGUGGAGUGGAUGGGCUACCAGUCCCGCCAAGAGGCCAAGGAGAAAAUUUAUCAUCUCCGGGUAGAGAUUGGCUACCCAGAGAACAUCCUCCAAGCAGAUGAAGUGGAUGACGAGCUGGAGAUUGAUGAAGAUAAUUUUUUCCACAAUGUGGUUGCUUGCCUGAGGUCUCUGCGGAAGAGGUUCUUGCUGAGACUUGUUAAUCCUCAUCUACAGGACAAUUGGGAAGUAGCCCCUUGGUCUGUACAUUCAUACUACUCUCUGAGGCGCCAUGCUGUCGUUUUCCCUGCCGGAAUGUUCCGCAGCCCUUUCUUCCAUACGGAGUUUCCCAGUGCUGUGAAUUUUGGAGCAAUGGGAGUUUUCAUGGCGCAUGAGCUGCUGCACUCCUUGUAUGAUUACGUGUUGCCCCAGUCCUGCUCUGCCUGUGACAUGGAGACACUGGCACAAAGUAUAGACUGUCUUGUGGAACAAUAUGAGAGCUACUCCCUGAAGGGCCACGGCAUCAAUGGCUCUUUCACUCUUCUGGAGAAUGCAGCCGACACUGGGGGACUUGCUAUUGCUUACCAGGCCUAUGAGAACUGGUUGGCAAAACACAAGCAGGUGAAGGAGUUACCUUGGCCAGGGCUCUCACACCACCAACUCUUCUUCAUCAGCUUUGCCCACGCAAUGUGUGGGCACCAGAGCCUCGAGGGACUGCAAGACUUCUUACGCAGGGACCCCCACAGCCCCCCACCACUUCGAGUCCUCGGGUCUUUAAGCAAUAGCCAAGAUUUUUCCAGGGACUUCCACUGCCCGAGUCAAUCACCCAUGAAUCCAGUUCAAAAGUGCCGCAUCUGGUAAAGCCCCCGGAAUAGCACAUGGGACAAUUGAUGCAAAAGAAAGAGACGAAAAUUGUGGGAUUAUAUGGAUUGAGUGGUGUUAGCCAAGCUUCUUGCAUGUGCUUAUUCCAUUCCUUCCCUGUCCUUCCUUCACUACUUCCACACGACUGGUCAAGGUGGAAGAAGGUUCCGUCCAUUUGUCAAAAGGGAAGCAACUACAGAGAAGAUACUUCACUGUGGAAAUUCUUAUGUCCUAACUUGGCCUUGGGGAACUGAAGAUCAGGUGACAAGUCACUGGUGACUGUGUCUGGUGCCUCGGUUCCAACCAAAGGUGAAAAUGACAACAAGAGACUUUCUGACAACUAUAACCAUAUGGGAUGAUGAGACACUAAGAUGCAAUGCAUGUCAAAGCAUGGACGGGGCUGACUGUAGUUUAGAACCCAAACCAUGACCUCAUUCUCAUUGAGGUGGUAGACCUGUGCAUGGGCCUGUAUCACAUCAACAUGCCGACGAGUCCUCCAUCAAUAGAAAAAUCCAUCCAUGUAGAAAACUAGAUGACAAGGAGAAGAGUUCUGUCGUGCCUGCUCCCUUACAUUUAUUUCCUAAAUUCAGGGAUUUUUUUUGUAUGGAAGAGUAUUCCAUUUUGUGACACAUGCACACACACACACACCACACACUUGAAGUGGCAUAUCCAGACACAAGUUGACAGUCUCUGUAAAAACGAGGGCAUGAUUUGAUCUUCCAAAUGCCCAAAGACAAACCAUUGUUGAAAGUUGCUUAUCUGCUUUUGUUUUCGGUCCUUUCAGGAUCAUAAAUUUUCCAUCUCCGCGGUGCAGCCUCUGGAGACAAAGCACUAUGGUUCUUUCAGUUCAAACAUCACACCAAACCAAAGUUUGCAAAUUCCCUUCAAACCAUAAUUGUGAUGUGGUUUGAUGUGAUAUUAGAAUUUGUCCUAAAUGAAUGUACAUUGUGUACUAAAUGUAUUGUUCUUUAUUUCACACUAUACAUUUGAUACCGUUCUGAGAUUUGGUUUGUGUGGCCUGCUCCUCACUCACCCACCCCACUCCACACAGGUUACAGGCAAUGAGAUUGUGUUUUCCUCAUUUCAUCAUCUGGAAGCCUAAUCCAGAGGUAGUCAACUAGCAGCCCAUGGGCUCCAUCCAACCUGGUUUUAGCUGUUAUCUGAUGCUCUUUGUUGGUUUCCUACUAACUUAGCUAGUUGGAAAGGAAAAGAAAGGAAUCUCUCGUGCAAGCACUGAGUCAUUACUGACUCUUGGAGGGACGCCAGCUUUCGCUGACGUUUUCUUGGCAGGCCUUAGAGCGGGGUGGUUUGCCGUUGCCUUCCCUGGCUGUUAUUACCUUUCCCCCAGCUAGCUGGGUACUCAUUUUACCAACCUCGGAAGGCUGAGUCGACCCGAGCCGGCUGCCUGAAACCAGCUUCUGCUGGGAUCAAACUCAGGCCGUGGGGAGAGUUUCGGCUGCAGAAACUGCUGCUUUACCGCUCCGCGCCACACGAGGCUAGUUGACAGUCUGCUAAAACACAUUCAAAACUUUUCUGUUUUCCUAUCAUACAAAGAAGAAUCUUUUUGCCCCAGUUCAGUGAUCAUAAUGAGGAGAGUGCUCUGCUCAAGAGAAGAAAAGCUCAAACCUUUGCUAAAGAAAGAUCCUUUUCAGCCUCUACUGCAGGGCAGGAGAAGAGAGGAGAUUACUCUUCAUUAUUUGAUCACCUCAUCUCAUCAGUAACUUGUGCUGAGUGGCUCCUUCCUCCCAAAAUAAAAGUAGCAGUAUUAAGCACAGUUUUAAAAAAGUUUGCUUAAUGUAACAUGUAGCUCGUGUCUGUUUCCUAUGACUUGCACGCCAACCAAAAUAUUAUAUCCACAGUGGUUUCAGGUGGACAAUCAAACAUGAUGAGUCUGGUAAUAACUUUUAUUAGACAAAGGCUUUAUGCUGAUUUUUUUUAAAAAAAAAUCCAACCUCUUUUUCAGAACUGCAUCUGGAUGUUUUCUUGAAAGCCAUAUAAUUAGCAAAAGUGCCAAGCACAAUACUGUAAAACUCAAGGCUUUACUCUAAAGUGUCUUUUGCUGAGUAAAAGAUACUAACCAUUUCUAGUUCACCAGGAAAUAGGCCACAAUGCGGCAUGUGAAUUCUGCCACUCAAUCAUUAAAAAUCACAGGUGGCUUAGAGUAUUACAGUGGUGGCCAAAAUUGUGGACACUUUUUGAAAUUUUCAUGUCUUGCAACUUUGCAUGCUUAUAGAAAACGUUCUGUUUCAUGAAAUUCAAAUGUUUAUAUAUCAAUUGGAAGACCUGAUUCACAUAAUACAACAAUCCUGUUUCUUUUCCUGCGUAUCCAAUCAACUCUUUUCUUUGGCGCCAUUGCUCUAUUUAUGAUGGAUGUACACACGCUUUGAGAAAUACUUGAAAUAUUCACAAAAUCUCCAAUUGCGCUUCAGUUACAGAACAAACAGCAAAACUGACUUUCCCCAACUUGAAACAUGAUGUAUCGCAGCUACUGCCAUGUGAUUGGUCCCCAGAACAAGGACUGUGAUUGGCCAGUAGGGUUUGCAAUUCCAAUCCGCUUCUUCACUCAGUCACACCUGUGUUUGUUUUUAGACUAAAGUAAGCGUAACGUUUUUUGUACUGCAGCUAUUUGCAUUCUGUUUUCUGUAUUGAAUUCAGCAUUAAAUUAUCUUUCAACUGAUAUAUAAGCAUUUGAAUUUUGUGAAAGAGAACAAGCAUGCAAAGUUGCAAAACAUGAAAAUUUAAAAAAGUGUCCACAAUUUUGGCCACCACUGUAAUUCUCAUCACUCUCCAGCCAUGGGCAAUCCAAUGUAUCUCUUGCAUGUUAUGGGCACACUCCACUGGGAUGUUCUGCACAAACCCCGUUGAAACCAACUCUGUUUUAUGCAGCUCCUGCUUGUUUCAGUGGGUUUGCACAGGGCAACUUCCCCAUGUAUUGUGCUACUUAUUUCUUUAUAAAUUUGAUUGCAACCUGUGCAAUAUUUUUUCCAGUUUAUUUGAAGAAACUUGUAUUAACUUGUAAUCUUUUAAAACACUCAAUUGAUAAAGCUCAUUGAUACAUUGUUGAUGUUGUGAAUAGCACAAUCAAUAAAACUAGGUGGUACAACAAGCAUUAAUCUUGUAUUGUAUCAGUGGGGUUACUAUAAUGGCAGUAUUGCAAUCAGCAGGUCUUGGAGAUCCAACGAUGUGGGUUGAUUUGCUUUUAAGGUAAAUAAAAGGCUGAGUUUUA